AUGAUCGAUCCGCCACGACACGAGUGGAUGGAGGAGGCUGUGGUGGUGGACAGUGUGCGCGUGUGCGAAGCCCGUCUAGCUCAGUCGGUAGAGCGCAAGACUCUUAAUCUCAAGAGACUCUUGAUCUUGUGGUCGUGGGUUCGAGCCCCACGGUGGGCGACUACAAUGAUGUGA